AUGUUGCAGUCAGCCCAGCAUGAGGUGAUGGUGGUCUGCACCACAGUAGCAGCAGAAUCAGAGGUAAAAAGGAAGCAUAUUCAAGAGAGCUUACAAACUUCUCUGUCAGUGGGCUAUUGGAAAGGAUCCAAUGAAUUAGUUUGCACUAAAGCUAACAAGGCAUCUUUGACUAAUCACACAGAAACUCUCAUAGUGGAGGAGGGCCAGAUGCUCACUCUGAAAUGUGUCAUUUCUCAAGCUGAAGAGUCAUCCCUCCAAUGGUUAUCCCCCUCUGGGUUUACCAUUUUUUUUGACAAGCAUCCUGCUUUAAAAAAUCGAAAAUACCAACUACUACAUCAUUCCAAUGAUCAGCUCACCAUCAACAUAUUGAAUGUGACUCUUCAGGAUGAAGGCGUGUACAAAUGCUUACAUUAUACCAAACCAGUGAGAACCAGAGAAGUGAAUGUAAUUGUAUUAGCAACUCCGUCCAAGCCAACGCUAGAAGCAUCAACCAUUAGAACUCUCAAUGGGAAAGAGGUGCUACUAAAAUGUUUCACAAAAGGAAGCAAGCCCUCUCCACAGAUAACCUGGCUUUUGAGCAAUGGCAUUGAACUUUAUGGUGAAACUCAACAUACAUUUGAACAUGAUGGAAAGAAGUGUAAUACAACAAGCACACUUAGAGUUCGUGCAUAUGGGGAAAAUGCAACAGCUAAUUGCCUUGUCCGACAUGAAGGCCUACGAGGGGAAAAAUUGGUAGUGCCAUUUCGGUUUGAAGAUUUGGGUCCAGAUUCAGAUUCAGAUAGUAUGGAAAACAGCACAUUGUCCUUUCAGUCCUCUCACUAUCCCACUGAACCUGUAAUAGAAGAGUUCAGUUCUGUGGAUAUAAACACAACAGGACAUGAACAAACUAGUCGGAAAUCUGACUUCACCACUGAAGCAAAUCCAAGCUCUGUAGAACUCACAAAGAAGAAACAUGGCAUUCUGUUGCUCACUCUUGUGUCCUUCCUCAUUUUGGUCCUCUUCAUUAUAGUGCAACUCUUUAUAAUGAAGCUACGGAAAGCACAUGUGACAUGGAAGAAAGAAAACGACGUUUCAGAAUUGACACUCGAAAGUUACAGAUCUAGGUCAAAUAACGAUGACACGUCAUCCCAAGAGAAGAACGGUCAAAGUUUCAGUCAAAAGUAUGGUAUGAAAUAUAUUAUAACAUCAUAUAUGGAAAGAAAAUCCAAGAACCCAAAAGAAAAUAUACAGGAUUCUACAGUGAAGCAAGGACAGAGUCAUCUACCAGAAACUAUUGUAUAA